UCUGUUACUUGCAGUGGCUACUGCUCUCGUGUGAAUCUUUUUUUUUUUUUGGAGAAGAGUACACAUUAUCCAUAAACCUUUCUUUUUUUUUUCAUGCAGAGCAACUAUAAAAAAAAAAAAAAAACAACAGGAAAUCACAGGCAAAGCAGAAAAUAAAUGAUUCUCUUCCUUUAAACUGUACGCAUGUCACUUUCAUUAGCUUGGAUUUUACACUAUAUUCAUCCAUAUAGGCAUCCUUUCUACAAACAAAGGACCAAGGACCGAAAAAUGACACUGGAGUCCAAGGACGUCUGAAACCAGAUGCUUUAAAAGGACUUUACAAAAAAAAGGAUAAAAUGACGGUAUAAGUGAUAGCAAAUAAAAUCAAGCCGCCUUCGCAAUGAACUGGAUACAAAUUUUGCGCCUAACAAUUCUGUUGACUGUAUGGUUAGUAUGUGUUUCUGAAAGACCUCAGAGAACAUCGUCAAACAAUGGAGAAACACAUAAAGCACAACUAUCCAGAAACCUGGGCAGACCAGUAUCUUCCAGCAGACGACAUCCCCAGCUGGUCAGAAAUCAAACUCAUUCUGCUUCAGAAAGAACCAGUGAGCCAAUUAGAAGAAACUCGCCACAAAGUAUGUUAAGAGAUGAAAGUCAUACUGCAGGAAAAAACCCAACCAUAAAACAAGGACUAAGACCUGUUGCUAGAAAACCCCCGGUUACAAUGUUAAAGGACGAUAGUACAACAGCUGCUCGGUCAAGGAUGCUUCGUUUUUCUUCUAGUUCAAAUUCUCCAAAUAUCCUUGCCAGCUUUGCUGGAAAAAACAGGGUUUGGAUCAUAUCUGCACCACAUGCUUCUGAUGGUUAUUACCGUCUAAUGAUGAGUCUACUCAAGAACGAUGUGUACUGUGAACUUGCUGAAAGACAUAUUCAACAGAUAGUUUUGUUUCAUGAAGAAGGUGAAGAAGGUGGUAAAAUUAGAAGAAUUACAAAUGAAGGGAAGAUUGUUGAACAGUCACUUGAUCCAGCAAUUGUUCCAAAAAUGAUGACUUCCCUAAAGCUUGAAAAAGGAAAGUUCGGUAUGGUUUUGCUGAAAAAGACCUUGCAAGUAGAGGAAAGAUAUCCUUACCCUGUGCGUCUAGAAGCCAUGUAUGAAGUAGUUGACCAAAGUCCAAUAAGACGAAUAGAGAAACUCAGGCAGAAAGGCUUUGUACAAAAAUGUAAGGCAGCUGGAGUUGAAGGACAAGUAACUGAAGAUGGUGAAAGCAGUAACAGUGAGAGUACAAGUAGUGUGAAACCUACACAAGCAAGUAACACAGUCCAGGUGUUAGCAAAAAAAGAGGAAACCAAGAAGACUGUUGUGGUACCCACUAGAAUCUCAAGAGUAAAAACUACGAGAAGAACUAUAACAAUACCUCCAACUCCUUCUCCAACUUCUAAGGCACCAACAAUUUUUCCAUCUACCAAAGCAACUACUCGAAUAGUAACAUCUACAACAAGGCCACCUACUACAGUACCUACAACAUUACUAACUACAACACCAAAACCAUUGACAGCCAAACCUUACAGCACUACAGAAACUCACAGAUACCAAGUUGAAGUAACAACAAGGGAAACCGAGAAACAAGACCACUACUUUACUGUGAGAACAGACAAACACAAAGACAGACAGCAUGGAAAAAAAGGGAAACACUUUGCUACUACAAGCAGACCAAACAAAGCAACAAUUAUUGAGUCACAAACCGAAGCUCCUAGUAUUUUACCUACAGAGAAUUAUGCAAAAGAAAAUACAGAGCAGUUUGGAGAUAACCGUACAGACAGAAAAUCCCAUAGUUCUCAUGAUAUCAUUCCAACCGCAAAGAAGCCUUCAAAAACGAAGCCACUGAAAAAGAAAGCAAUAGAAAAAAUAUUAACCAAUGAAUACGAAGACAAAUUUGACACUGGUAAACCUACUACGUCUAAUGUUGAAGAGGUAAUCGAAGAGAUAAAUAUUCCUCCUAAAAAAGGAAGAAAGGAGGAGAAACUAGACAAAGCUGACAAGAAAAAGAAUAAAAAAGAAAAAGUCAAAGAUAAACCUCCCAAGAAAGAAAAACAAGCAAAAAAAGACAAGACAGAGAAAAAAGUUAAACCAGAAAAGGACCGUAGCAAAAAAAACAAGAAAAAUGGCAAAAGUGAGAAUGAUGGAUUUAUUAAACCGGCAAAGAUACCAUAUGUUGAAACUCAUAAAAGGUCACUGCCAGCUUUUCUGGAAAAUUUUGAAGGCAAACGACGAUUAUUGCUAAUUACAGCUCCAAAAGAAGAGAACAACAUGUAUUCUCAGCAGAGGGAUGAAUACCUGGAGACCGUUUGUGAAAUGGCUGUAAGAAAAAUUUCAAUUAUUACUAUUAUUGGAACUCUGGCAAACAGCACUAUGAAGAUCGAUCAUUUUCAGUUAGAUAAUGAAAAACCCAUGAAAGUUAUUGGCGAUGAUGACCUCUUGGACCAUGAUCUUAUCAGUGAUUUAAGGAAAGAGUAUGGAAUGACUUACAAUGACUUCUUCAUGGUAUUGACUGAUUUAGACAUGAAAGUUAAGCAAUACUAUGAAGUUCCCAUUGUAAUGAAGUCAGUGUUCGACAUAGUAGAUACUUUUCAGUCCAGAAUCAAGGAAAUGGAAAGGCAAAAAAGAGAAGGGAUUACAUGCAAGAAGGAAGACAAGACGAGGUCCUUAGAGAACUUCCUUUCUAGGUUCCGCUGGAGAAGACGUUUACUUGUUAUCUCUGCUCCCAACGAUGAAGAAUGGGCCUAUCAACAGCAGCUGAACGCACUUACUGGACAAGCAUGUAACAUGGGUCUCCGUCACUUAUCGAUCCUAAAAAUGGUAGGACUUGGUGCUGAAGCCAAUGGUGUCUUAGAACUGUAUCCUAUUAAUGGAAGCUCCAGUGUAGACCGAGAAGAUUUUACUUCCAACUUGGUGAAAGACAUAAGAAAUUAUUUUCAAGUAAGCCCAGAAUAUUUUUCCAUGCUUCUGGUUGGAAAAGACGGAAACGUAAAAUCCUGGUAUCCUUCCCCUAUGUGGUCCAUGGCCAUAGUUUAUGAUUUAAUUGACUCUAUGCAACUUCGGCGCCAAGAAAUGGCCAUUCAGCAGUCACUGGGUAUGCGUUGCCCUGAAGAUGAGUAUGGUGGAUAUGGUUACCAUGGCUACCAUCACCAAGGAUAUGAAGAAGGUUAUCAAGACGAUUAUCGACACCAUGAGGGAUAUUACCAUAGAUACCAUGACUAACAAACAAGAUUACAAUGACCGAAGACUAAAGUAAUUUUAAUGUGUUAAAAAAACAAAACCUUACAUUUUUUGUUGUUCUUUCUUAAUCACAACUAUAAAAAAAGUAGUAGAUAGUUUUGCAUAUUGUUUUAAGAAACUGGAUGAGACCAUGACUGCUGUUUAAUAACAUUCGUUUUUUCCUUUUUUUUUUACUUCAAAA